UUGCUGCCAGCAUUUGAAUUGUAUCUGAGUGCAGCAGUGCGUUCAGCAGUAAGUCAGAGGCAGGGACGGACCAGCAGCCAUGGAUGAUGUAUAUAAAGCAGCGGUUGAAAACUUGACAGAGGAGCAGAAAAAUGAGUUCAAGGCUGCAUUUGACAUCUUCAUCCAGGAUGCAGAGGAUGGCUGCAUCAGCACCAAAGAGUUGGGAAAGGUGAUGAGGAUGCUGGGACAGAAUCCUACCCCUGAAGAGUUACAGGAGAUGAUAGAUGAGGUGGAUGAGGAUGGUAGUGGCACAGUAGAUUUUGAUGAGUUCUUGGUUAUGAUGGUCCGCUGCAUGAAGGAGGAGAGCAAAGGAAAAUCAGAAGAGGAGUUGGCUGAACUAUUCCGCAUGUUUGACAAGAAUGGAGACGGCUACAUAGACUUAGAAGAGCUGAAGACCAUGCUGGAGUCCACUGGAGAGGCCAUCACGGAGGAUGACAUUGAGGAGCUGAUGAAGGAUGGAGACAAAAACAAUGAUGGCAAAAUUGAUUAUGACGAGUUUCUGGAGUUCAUGAAAGGUGUUGAAUAAAGAAUUCAGCUGAAGGCCUCACACUGCACCACCUAUCUUCAAUUGUGACAACAUCAUCUAAGGCCAUUCCUGAAGACAUGCUUUCAGCCUUUGUCUGCUUUGAACAAUACAUACAACACACCUGUCCUCAGCAGACACCUGUCCUGUCAGUUAUUCUCAAACAACACCACCAAGGACCUGAAAGGUUUGCCUCGCAAAAACUGCAAAAAUAUAAAGGCUAUUUUCAAUAAAAAGAUUUUCAUA